GCGACUUUGGUACGAGAAAAGCGCGUGUGCUAUCGUAGCCUAUAGCUAAUGGUUAGAGCAUUGGGCCGCAGUACUGGAUGACGGAGGUUCGAUCCUACUACCCUUUGUAGGCUUUGGUGAAGCUGCAGAUGUCACUAUUUAAAGCGCGUGACUGGUGGACUGUUACCUGUGGGACCGACGAGACAUUUGACGCUACCUGCCUCUGCAUUGGUAAUGCCAGCAACGAUCCGUCUCAAUCAGAGCAAAUCCUCGUGGGCAGCCAUUCGGGCGUGUUGCGGGUGUACCAGCCCACAUGCGCUCAAAUGGAGGAUGGCACGUUCGAAGGAUUCCGGCCAGAGCACGUGCUUCUCGAGUUUCAAAUGGCCCAAGCUAUACUUCACGUGCUACUCGGACAGUUUGUUUCGGGAUCCGACAAAUUCUUCAUUGCCACUUUGCACCCACGAAGAAUAUCUGUUCACAGCCUCACAGGUGACGCCGGUGAAGCGGAGCCCGGGACGCAGUACAAGCUGAGACUCAUGUACGAGCACACUCUGAGUGCGCCUUCACACUGCUGCGUGGCUGGGCCCUUCGGUGGCGUCAAAGGACAAGACUUUCUGUGUGUUCAAGGUGUGGACGGCUCGCUGACGUUUUUCGAGCAGGAGAACUUUGCGUUCACGCGAUACCUGCCCGAGUUUUUGCUGCCCGGUCCUCUUGCGUACGUUGCGAAAACGGAUUCCCUCGUUACCGUAAACACGGCUUUCCACUUGGAAAAUUUUAGGUUUCAGACACUGGCUGUGGCUACUGAGGCGUCCAAAAAACCGACGGAUGACGCUGAGGGGCUACACAAAGGGAAACGCGUUGUUGCGGACUGGUCUGUUUCAAUCGGGGAGGAGGCCAUCGACGUAAAAGUGGCAAGUUUUUCCAAUUGCCCAACACUAAUAUUAGUUCUAGGUGAACACACAUUCUUUGCCUUUAAACCAAGUGGCGAACUUCACUUUUUAAAAGUGCUGGAUUUCACGGCAGCGUGUUUCUUUCCCUACCCAAGUUCGACGGAAGGCAGCCUGAUGCUGCUCAUGGCCACGCAGAGGAGCACGCUACUCGUCUACCACGACACCGUUCUCAAGUGGGCUGCCCAGCUCUCGUCGGCUCCGAUUGCGCUGGCGAGAACGACGAUACAGAGCAUGCAGGGGGCCAUAGUGAGGCUCACCGAGCAGGGACAGCUCAGCUGCAGCUACCUGGGGACCGACCCGUGCCUGAGUGUGGCCGCGGCGCCGGAGAGUCGCGAGUAUUCGCUCAGAGAGGUGGAACAGGAGCUCAACAGGCUGGAGAACGCCAUCAAGUCCAGCAGCGAGGAUUUUCCUGGCCGAAAGAAGACGGAGACUGAUUUGAAGAUCAAGGUGUUCGCUGGACCCAUGUCUGAGAUCCCAUACCAUUCUGAGGAGAGCCCUGCGCCAACUGAAGAUGGUAGCUCUUUCAUUCCAUCGAUUAUAGUGAAGGUUCACCUCGAAGCCUCCGCACCUCUCCGCGACGUUCGUGUCAUGGUGGAUGUUGCCAGACCGUUAGUUGCGCUAAACAGCGACGUCACACUCACCACUUUACUGGACCACCACCAGAUGGCAUUUACGGUGAAGCAGGCUGAGACCAUGCUACCAAGCUCCCUUGACCUUAAGGUGGUGGCUUUCUACCAGAAUUCAUCGGGGGCGUCGCAGCUGGUGCAAGCGUCCAUGCAUUUGCCCCUUGCGCUCGUCGCACGCCCGUGCGUGGCUGAGAGGACGUACGAGCAUAAGUUGACCAUUGAAACGAACAAACCUUCUGUUCCGUCUAACGAGCUCUUUCCAGAUUUUGCCUGUGACAUUACGUCGCAGACUAUUGGCAUACAGUUCCUCCACGGCCCUCAAGCAAGCAUCUUGGUGUCUAAAUCCUCCCAAAAAUACAGGAUACAGAGCGACAACAUUGCAGUUCUCUGGAUUCCCGUAUUGGAGCUCUUGAGAAGAUUGCAUCAGUAUUAUAAGCGCGCCUCGAAUGACGAAACACUCAAGUGCAGUUACAGCUCAAGUUUGCCGCUUCAGGAGUAUUUUUCUGUCAUCGACGAUUAUUUCAAGAUUAGGCAGGAAGCACUAGAAGUUGAAGAACUACUAAGCCAAAGAGCAGCUCAAUUUCGCGUAGUACAAAAAUGUGUUCUUACCAAGCUCAAGGACAAGACUCCCACUCCACUGAACAAUUUUGAUUCCUUGUUGGAAGUUACACAGAGAGAGCUGCUGUCCCUGGGUAAGCGCGCAGUGGAGAUAACGAAUGAAUACAAACGCAUGCUGUCAAAGCUAAGUUCAGCGAGUCAACUGCUCAUCUUACUACUAAAGCUGAAAACACAAAUGAGUACUGAAGACCACAAGCUCUUGCAAGACGUCUUUCAUGUGGACCUGGAAGCACCUAUUACAGAGGGCUGGGAGGAGAAGCUGGAAGCGGCCAUAUGCAGCCAGCUGCAGACGGGUGAGCCUGAUGAAGAACUACCACCGGUGCCCACGGAGCUGACGCCUCUCAAAGACGUGACCCGGCUUAAGCAGCUCAUCGCCAUCAUGUUCGAGAAGGUUCUUGAUGGCCUGCGUUUGUCGCAGAACGACCCGCCCAGCCGCAAAGUUGACAACCAAAGCAAGGAAAGCAAUCACAAGGAACCCAAGCCGGAAGUUUUCUCUUUGGACAGUGCUGCCACAAUGUCAUCACCAAUACCAGGGCCAUCGACAAGCAAGCCAGUUCACGACGAAAAUGAUCUGCAAGAGUGGAUGGCUGAUUCCCAAGAAACGGAGAGCUCUAACAACAGCUUUCAGCAGAAUAGUGCUUAAUUUUGUACCCUAGGAGGUUGCAAUAUAAAAAUGAAGAACAUGGCACGUGCGCAGAAAACGACCUGGCACGGGCAUUCUUGCUCGUGCGUCAUUCUGUUGUUUAUGUGAUGCACGCUGCCUGUUCAGAACGCGCACAUAUUUUGCUGGGGACCCCUGGUAGCAAUUAGAUGCAAUAAUGUCUGCAGUUUCGUGAGUUACAAAGUGUAUUGCUACCUCACUGCCGACGACCACAUGGGCAUCGGACACACGCAUACUUUACAUCUAUGCAUGGGUGUGCGCCUAAGCGCGUCGAGAACGAUCAUACCGAGACGGAGUACGAUCAUGAUACAGGAAAAACAAAGGCCAAAUAUACACGUUUGCAGCAAUUCUUUAAGCUGAAAUCUUUAAAGACACACUAACGAGAAAGACUAAAUCUGUCUCCUAAGUUCAUGUACUACGCGCCGCCUGCGUGCGGUUGAAAUGAUGUUUCACAUCCGCCGCCAUAAUCGUUAGUGGCGCUGGUCAACACUUCCAAUGUGUGAUCUAAUACACAUACAGAAAUUUCCAAGAAAGUGGAUGAGCAGUGGGAGCUAGGAGUGACAGAGUAAAAACUUUAUUGAAAAUAAAUAAAGUAA